CACCCUAAUGAUACUUUAAUGGGAUCGUAAAUACGAAAGUCAUAAAUGGUUAUAUGUUCUGUGUAAAGAUCUAGGCCUCUCUUCCAGCAUCCAGCUCUCUGUCCAAUAUAUUUCAACGAAGGUUAGGAAGUUUCAAUCAUGGCAUAUCCGAGCGCAAUGUUUGGCUCUACCGACCCAGAAUCGGAGAUAAAUCCAGAAGUACAACGAUGGUUUACCAUGGUGGAUAAGGACAGAAGUGGACAUAUAACGGCUUCAGAAUUACAGUUAGCAUUAGCCAAUGGUCAGGGCGGCACCUUUUCUGAUACAGCAUGUAAAUUAAUGAUUGGUAUGUUUGACAAAGAAAAGAAUGGCACCAUAAAUGUAACAGAAUUCCAAGCUCUUUACAAUUACAUAAAUUCUUGGCUCGGCGUAUUUCGUGGCUUCGACCACGACAAUUCGGGUAGUAUACAAGAGAAUGAAUUAAGCGCGGCUUUAACACAAAUGGGGUACAGGCUUAGUCCAGAAUUCAUUCAAUUCCUCAUAAAGAAGAGUGAUCUUCGUGGUCAUCAAUCCAUCACUGUCGACCAAUUUAUAGUAUUGUGUGUUCAAAUACAGAGGUUUACAGAAGCAUUUAGGACAAGAGAUAAAGAUCAAACGGGCACAAUCACUAUUGGAUUUGAAGAUUUUCUGGGGGUAGCUCUCAGUUGCAGUAUAUAACGUCUUCGUAUUUUAAUAUUGUUAAUAUAUUAUUUUUUAAUGAUAGAAAAUAAUGUAAAAUGUAAGUUGUUUUUGUACAUGUAGGUACUUGGGCAUAUAAAAGAUCUGUUUAUAUUUAGAAAUUUUAGGGGAAAGGGAAAUAAGAUAAAGUAGGUAAGAGAUGAAUUGUUAAUGUUUCUAAAUUAAUAGGAACGGGUCAAUACUUUAAUUCAUUAGAGAAUUUAGAUAAUAAUAAAUAAUCGUAGUUUGAUUUCAAUCUGUUCACAAAAAUGGAUAAAACAAUAAGAAAUGUGUUUAAGCUGCA